ACAUGCGCGAGACAGUCAUAUCUCACAAGCUACAAAACACGAAAUCAAAAUGGCCUACAUGCUGAAGGCAGCCUCGGAUUAUGAUUUUCUCUUCAAAUUGGUUCUUAUCGGCGACACCGGUGUUGGAAAAUCAUGUUUAAUGACGAGGUUUGCAGACGACACAUUUUCGUUUGACACAAAGACUACAGUUGGCGUUGAUUUUAAAAUAAAAACAAUUUUAGUUGACGGGAAGACAAUCAAGCUACAAAUCUGGGACACGGCGGGACAGGAGAGAUACCGGUCGUUCUCCAGCAACUUCUUCCGAGGGGCACAUGGCAUUAUUCUGGUCUACUCCGUCACAAGCAAGGAUUCCUUUGAUUCAGUUCCUUCCUGGGUGGAAACAGUCAACAAAACUGCCCCCGUGAAUGUCAGCACUUUACUGAUUGGCAACAAGAGCGACCUAUCAGCGGAGAGGGUGGUCGGACAAGCUUCCGGAAGUGCAUGCGCAGAGAAAUUUGGCGUUUCGUUCCUGGAAACGAGUGCAAGAAAUUCUACAAACGUUCAACAGGCAUUCGUCACUAUGGCAACACAGAUCAAGAACAGAAUCGGAAACGCACUUCCGGUGGUUCCGGAAAUGAACGACAGCUUCCGGCUGGAAUCGACUCCUGUCAACAACACUUACUGCUGUUCCUACUUUUGAUGCAUAGUUUCGUGGAUGAAAUUAGUUCACUUUAAGGUUAACAGAAUGGAUGAAUGAAAUGUUAGAUACUGAGAAGAAAGAAACCCUGGUCGAAGUUCCAUUUAAAUUACAUGCUCAAAUUAAGUCAAAGGCUCUUUCGAGGCUCGGGUCACCCAUUUGUCUGUGAUAGUGCAAAUGUCUGGGAAGGGUUGCGUCCCUUAGGUCUCGACAGAAACGUAUCAUUGUGAGUUUGAAUCCCGGCUGCAUCAUUAGCAACUGUCUCAAUUGUAACAUCUAAAAAGGCCAUUGUCAUGGAAACGGGUUAGAAUGGGUCUUCAGCAACCCUUGCUUGUCGUAAGAGGCGACUAACAGGAUCGGGUGGUCAGUCUCGCUGAUUUGGUUGACA